AUUUUGUAUUUUGUACAUACAUUGUUUUGUAUAUACUGUAUAUGAUGACUUCGGUGGGCAGUGAACGUACCCGGGGCACUCGGGACAAAAUGCAAAUUGCAGCCACACAGCCAACACAACCACAGAAACAAGUAGUACAGGCAACAGCAGAACAGAUUCGCCUUGCUCAGAUGAUCUACGAUAAGAAUGACGCAGAUUUUGAAGAUAAAGUGAAACAACUUAUGGAGGUGACGGGGAAAAACCAGGAUGAAUGCAUAGUGGCACUACAUGAUUGUAAUGGGGAUGUGAACAGAGCAAUCAACAUAUUGCUGGAAGGAAGUUCAGACACGACUUCUUGGGAGACUGUAGGGGGAAAGAAGAAAAGCCUUGGAAAGGAAGGUUCAGAAAACAAAGAGAACAGAGAAAAACGAGGGGACAGAGAAGUGAGUCGCGGACGGGGAAGUUCCAACAGACGGGGAAGAGGAGGCAGCCGUGGACGAGAGUUUAGAGCUGAAGAGAAUGGAGUGGACAACAGUCAAGGAGACAGGCCUUCAGACCGCGGGAAACGUGGCCGUGGGAGAGGGUUUGGACGUGGCAGAGGGAGAGGAACGGGGAGGUUUUCAGCCCAAGGCAUGGGGACAUUUAAUCCUGCAGACUAUACGGAGUCUUCUGCCACUGAUGGCUUUGGGACAAAGUCAGAGGUCUGGGAGACUGGUCAGAAUGAUGCAGAUGAUGGAACUGAGCCCACACAGAGCGGAUGUUACCUUGCUCAGGACCUGCCAAAUAAUUUUGGAUUCCAAGGAGCAUGGAAAAACUCAAUAGAAGAAUGGACAGCAGAAGACUGGAAUGAAGAUCUUUCUGAAACAAAAGUCUUCACUGCAUCUUCUGUUCCAGCUGAAAAUCAUGUGACUCCUGGGCAAAGCAUUGAUUUGGUGACACUGCUUCAAAAGCCGGUGACAUCUACCCAAGAGACAGAAGCCAACUCAUAUGAGUCUCCCCAGCAGCAGACCUUUGGCCAAGCCUUAGUAUUCACAAAUUCUCAGCAUAGCACCCAGAUGACAUCAGGAACAGGCAGCUCCAGUGCUGUAAACUCUUAUUCUCCUCAAAGUCUGUCGGCAGUUCUUUGUUCUGGCUUUGGAGAGCUCAGAUCCUCUAAAUUGGCAAACUCUACUGGUUCCCAAAUCUUGGACCAAUUGAAAUCACCAGGAUUGGGUCAGUUUACCUCUCAACAAACCAAUAGCAGUUCUGCUACCACUAGCACAGUUGCUGCGUCAUCCUGGGAUCUAAAGCCACCUAAUACUCAGUCCUCAGUCCUCAGUCAGUUUGACUUUAAGUCCCAGCCUGAGCCAUCUCCAGUUCUGAGCCAGCUGACACAGCGACAACAGCAAAUGCAGGUGGUUCCUGUUCCUCCUCCUGGGCUGGAAUCAUCCUCCUCCCAGGUAAAACUACAAGAGCCAUCACCAGUAGACUCCUCCACAGCUGUUAGCAAAAUACUACAGCUCCCCACUAUCUCUAUGGAUAACCAGGCAGUGACUGUUCAUCAAACCCAGCAGAAACAGAUAAAACCACCAAAAAGGAGGAUAACUCCAGCAUCCAAGAUUCCUGCCUCUGCUGUGGAGAUGCCUGGAUCAGCAGACAUGACAGGGUUAAAUGUUCAGUUUGGAGCUCUUGAGUUUGGAUCAGAGCCUACACUCCCAGAGUUUGGAUCAACUUCAAGCAGUGAGAAUACCAGCCAGGCGACCAACAAUAGCUUAUAUUCAAAAUCUGUGAAGUAUGUUGAUCCUUUGAAUACCUCUUUGCCAAAAUCCAAUACAAUACAGGACUCCACCUACACAACCUCUGCCAUCAGCUCUUCCAGUCUGACCUGCUCAUCCCAGAGCACUAGCCCCAUAACAACUUCCUCCUAUGACCAGACUUCUGUGCAUAGCAGGAUAGCGUACCAAAGCUCCAUGGCUCCGUCUGAACCAGCCCCUGUUGCAGUUACGAAUGGGCACAGUGGUGUUAGGACACAGGCAACACUUGACACUACUUCUUCAGUUGCAGCACCUAAGACAGAGCCUUCUCCUUCACUACCUUCAGCUGGUUCUCUGCCUAGUGUGGCAUCCACCACGGCCUCUCUUCUGCCUUCAGCAUCGCAGCAUGUGGCAGCAUUACCCAGCUUGCCUCAGUCCAGUGAUCUGGCCAGCAGCUCACUCUCCCAGCUGAGCAGGCCUGGGAAUCAAGCUCCCUUCACUGUCUCAGCCCCUGAGAAAUGUAAACCAAACUCCCUUUCCAGUCAUCAGAGCAGCCUCUCUCCUGCCUCAGUGUUGUCUUCAAGCACAUCACAUGUGCACGCUAGUAUUGAGAACACAACUUCGCUCCAGCCCUCAACAACCUUUUCAACUGCUUCAACCUCAGCCACUAGCACCACCUCCUCGGUUGUCAGCAUGGCAAGCAGUAUGAACACUACAAACAGCCUUGGCCUGAGUGUUACCAGUGUGUCUAUACCAGCUGCUACCACACGGGCAGCUCCCUUAGUGUCUUCAGGCAAAGCUCCCCCAAACCUGCCCCAAGGUGUACCACCCUUGUUGCAUAACCAGUAUAUUGUGGGACCUGGAGGACUUCUGCCUGCCUACCCACAGAUUUAUGGUUAUGAUGAUCUCCAGAUGCUUCAAUCCAGACUGCCAAUGGAUUACUAUGGAAUUACAUUCCCUGCUCCUGCAACCUUGACAGGCAGAGAUGGGAGCCUUGCUAACAACCCGUACUCAGGUGAUGUAACAAAAUUUGGCCGUGGAGAUUCUGCCUCUCCUGCUCCUGCAACCACGCUGGCCCAGCCGCAGCAGAACCAGACUCAGACUCACCACACGACUCAGCAGCCCUUCCUCAACCCGACCCUGCCUCCAGGGUACAGCUACACUGGGCUCCCUUACUAUGCUGGAAUGCCUGGUGUUCCCAGUGCAUUCCAAUAUGGGCCAACCAUGUUUGUACCUCCAGCAUCUGCAAAACAGCAUGGAGUCAACCUGAACACGGCGUCGACUCCCUUCCAGCAGGCGAGUGGCUACAGCCAGCAUGGCUACGGUGCAGGCUACGAUGACUUAACGCAGGGAACUGCAACUGGGGAUUACAGCAAAGGAGGCUACAGUGGAUCAUCUCAAGCACAAAACAAAUCAGCUGGCGCUGGACCUGGGAAAGGUGUUUCUGUGACCUCAAGUAACACGGGUGUGCCUGAUAUCAGUGGCUCAGUCUAUAACAAGACUCAGACAUUUGACAAGCAGGGAUUCCAUGCUGGCACUCCGCCUCCCUUCAGCCUGCCUUCUGCUCUCGGAUCGACUGGGCCCCUGAACCCUGGUGCUGCCCCAGGUUAUGCUCCAGCCCCGUUUCUCCAUAUCCUCCCUGCACAUCAGCAGCCUCAUUCUCAGAUGCUGCACCACCACCUUCAGCAGGAUGGGCAGGGUGGAUCUGGCCAGCGCAACCAACCCAGCACCAUGCAGCAAAAGUCUCAGGCUACCAAAACCGCCUAUGGCACUUCUCCAUACUGGACAAACUAAAUCUGAAACCGGGGAGAGGGGGGAGAAUGAAAGGAGAGGAGGAAGAAGAAAAAAAAAGAAAACAAAAGAGAAAAUGAAAGCCGAAGCCCAUUCUUUGAAUUAUUAGGAAAAGUUACUGCUCAGCCAAACAUCUGUGCGGGGAGAACUGCAGCCAGCCGCCAUCCUCUGUGUGACUCGCUUCCUCUUUGAGUUGCUGUUAUAUGUAAUAUAUUUAUGUAUGUAUUUGUAAAUGUAAUAGAGCCUAAAUGUGGUUUUCUGCAUCUUGCAGCCUGUUUUAUUUUCUUUGUAGGAAAACUAAUUAUUCAUUUUCCAUCUGCACCAGGGCAUCCUUCUUUGUUUUGUAUUUUAAGCUCUAUGGAUUUUUAGCUCUGUCAAAGACAAACUGCGCUUUUUUUUUUAGAGCUGGAGCCCAUUUAUUUAAUGCAGUUCUAAAUUCAGAGAAAUAAGGAGACCUGCCCUUCCAAAAACCUAAAUCAAGAUGUGUCCUGUUGGUUUGAUUUUACCCCCUGACCCAAAAUAUAGCUGUUAUUUUAGAGGGGGAAAAUAAAAGAAAGAAAGAAAAAAAAGUUUUGUGGGCCUUCCCCUUUCUUUCAUUUCCUCCCUCCCACCGUCUUGCUGUGGAAGACAAACCCUUGGGGGCAGUUUCAUCACUGUAGCCUUGAGCUGCAGUUUCAAGUUAAUUUUUCAGUUUUCUAAUAAUAAUCAAAAUAAAAGGACAGGGUUUUAUUUUUCGUUUGUGCGGGGCUUUUUUGUUGGUGGUGUUUUUCUCUAGCAAGAGACUUUGGAUGGCUCAGUGUGUCCUGGAACCUCCUUUGCAUCACUAGAGGCAAAAACUAUGUAGCGGUUUCUUAAAUAAAAGUAUAAGCUGUGUCUUGUACCUCUUUUUGCCCUGAGCCACAUUCCCAGGAAAGCCAGAGCUACUGGAUGGAAACUUCAUCUGUCCCUCCCCACUUUUUUUAAAACAAAGACCUUGGAGGCAACUCCUGGUCCUUCUUGUCCUGCACCAGUGUGGUGAAUGUUCUAGGAGUUUCAUUUCUUUAUAGCCCUUCCUCCACCUAAUAAAGAACUGAGCAUACCACUGGUGUCCACCUAAUAAAGAUCUGAGCAUA